UCUGACAUUGGGGGGAAGUUGGCAAGUCGUACAUAAGAUUACAAAUAGGAAUGUUUACAACAUUCGCUCGAUGAAUACUGUUGUGGAGGAUGAUGAUGACGAAUCUUCUACGGGUGAAGCAGAAGAUGAUGGUCAAACUAAUGUGAACAAUUAUCCCCCUAUCGUAGAGAGUGAAUCAAGCAUGCUUGAUCCAUUGCACCGAGACGAUGAAGAGCAUUUGCCCGUUGAUCCAUUAAUCAUAUCACGUCGAGACCCGUCCCAACCUGUUGAGGAUGAUGCAUUUAUUGAUGAUGACCCACUUGGCGAUGACGAUGGUAACUCCGGUGGUGAGUCUGAGCAUCAUCUGCAUGAGGAGUCGGAUGAUGAUGAUGAUGACUGCACAUGACCUGAAUUUUCAGAGUAGAGAAAGGUGGAUGACAUGUAAGUGUAGGCACAACCCAUAUUGGAGUAAGAGAUGCUGGUUCAUAAGAUGGAGUGGAUUCUCACAGCUAACAUUUUCAAAUACCUACAUCCAAGGUCGAGGCACGACAUUUUGUUGGGCUUGAAUGAUGGAGUAGAAAUGAUAUUUUCCAGCUAGGGGGUGAAAAAAUGUCAAUAUUAAUGUGUUGUAUUUUGUUCACUGGGGUCAAUGUAAAAGACCGGUGAUGAGAUUGAAUCGUGUAACUGAAACUCAGAUUAAUAGAAUUAUGAUGAUG